CGCCUUUUGUAUACGUCACUAAGGCGACACGUGUUAGCAUAUCCCAGCAGCGUCUCGUUGUUACGUUUUUACCAGAUUACCGAGAUUCAGCCUAAAAGUAAACCUCUACAAGAUGGCUACAGCCGUGACACAGGUCAGGAAGAGGAUGCUGAAGGACGAGGACAUGACCAAGGUGGAGUUUGAGACCAGUGAAGAGGUCGACGUCACACCGACCUUCGACACGAUGGGACUGCGAGAGGACCUGCUUCGCGGGAUCUACGCUUACGGGUUCGAGAAGCCAUCAGCCAUUCAGCAGAGAGCCAUCAAACAGAUCAUCAAAGGUCGGGACGUCAUCGCUCAGUCUCAGUCUGGAACAGGAAAGACGGCCACCUUCUGUAUCUCUGUUCUGCAGUGUCUCGACAUCCAGGUGAGGGAGACACAAGCUCUCAUCCUUGCUCCAACCAGAGAGUUGGCUGGACAGAUUCAGAAGGUCCUGCUGGCUUUAGGAGACUACAUGAACGUUCAGUGUCACGCCUGCAUCGGAGGCACCAACGUGGGCGAGGACAUCCGCAAGUUGGACUACGGGCAACACGUGGUGGCAGGCACACCUGGACGAGUGUUUGACAUGAUACGCCGCAGAAGUCUCCGAACCAGAGCCAUCAAGAUGUUGGUCCUGGACGAAGCUGACGAGAUGCUCAAUAAAGGUUUCAAGGAGCAAAUUUACGAUGUGUACCGGUACCUGCCUCCAGCCACCCAGGUGGUUCUGAUCAGUGCCACACUGCCGCACGAGAUUCUGGAGAUGACCAACAAGUUCAUGACUGACCCAAUCCGCAUCCUGGUCAAACGUGAUGAGUUAACUCUGGAGGGCAUCAAACAGUUCUUCGUUGCUGUUGAGAGGGAGGAAUGGAAGUUUGACACUCUGUGUGAUCUGUACGACACUCUGACCAUCACACAGGCUGUCAUCUUCUGCAACACUAAGAGAAAGGUGGACUGGCUGACUGAGAAGAUGAGAGAGGCAAACUUCACAGUGUCCUCCAUGCAUGGAGACAUGCCACAGAAAGAACGAGAAUCCAUCAUGAAGGAGUUCAGAUCUGGAGCCAGUCGUGUCCUGAUUUCAACGGACGUUUGGGCUCGAGGUUUGGACGUCCCGCAGGUUUCCCUCAUCAUCAACUACGACCUGCCCAACAACAGAGAGCUCUACAUCCAUAGGAUCGGUCGGUCGGGUCGGUAUGGCAGGAAGGGCGUGGCCAUCAACUUUGUAAAGAACGACGACAUCAGGAUCCUGCGAGACAUUGAGCAGUACUACUCCACCCAGAUCGAUGAGAUGCCCAUGAACGUGGCUGAUCUGAUCUAACCUGGAUGACAUCACACCGCAGCCACAUCCCCUGACUUCCUGUUCUCGUUUUAAGUGUCGUUUGCCUUUUUUAGUCAAUUCAGAU